AUGGCGGCGCCGGGCCGGGCGAGGCUCUGGCCUGCCGGGGGAAGGGGAGGGGCGGCGGCGCGGCCGGGCGGGCGUUCCGGCCCUCUCUCCCUCCCGUCUUCCCGCCGCGGGCCGGGCAGCCGCCGGUGUGGGUGUCGGGGGGCUGCGCCGCGCUCCCCCCUCCGCGUGGGAUUGGGGGUGCUGCGGGGAGGGAGGUGGCUGAGGGCGCGGCGGGGCUCCCCCGACGCCCUCCGGAGGGUGGCGGCCGCCGUGCGCGGGAGCGUCCGCAGGGUCUUCCGUGCGGUGAAACCGCCCUCCGGUGGUGGUGGUGGUUGGCGGCGGCGGUGCGGGGAGAGGUGCGCGGCGCCGGGCGGGCCCGGCCGGAUCCCCGGAACAGCAGCAGCAGCCCUCGCCAGGUCCAAUGAUGACAGUUCUCUUGAGAGGCAGCCAGUUUCUACAGAAAACUUGUUCCGGCAUUUAACGCCACAGAUACCUCAUGAAAAGAAAAAGCAGGUUUCUCGAAUCCUAGCAAAGUUCGUUUAUGAGAUUGGAAAUAACUGUGAUAUCAAGCAUCCGUCUGGAUGCAGAGGUCUUUUCACAGAGGAUAUUCAGCAUCGUCAAAUUUACGUUGCCUGUCAGAAUGGAAGAGUGGAUCAAGCGCUGUCUUUGGGCUUUCUGCUGUGUUGGAUAGCUGGAGAUCUUACAAAUUUCGUAGGCUGCUAUUUAACAAAUCAACUGCCAAUUCAGAUUGUCACUGCCAUUUUUUAUGUUAACAUGGAUAUAAUUAUGAUUUCACAAUUUGUCUACUAUAAGCUCAAGAAUCAGAAGAUGACAAAAUGCAGCAAAAGUCUGAAGAAUUUCUGUAUAACCUGGAUCAUGGUGUGUAUAGCACUGUGUGUUAUUUUACUCUGUCAGCUGUUACUAAGAAGCCAAGACCAGAGUGCAGUAAUUGAAAGAAGUAAUAACUCUCUUGAUAUGGUUGAAAUGUCAGGCUUCGUUUGUGGCUAUAUAUCCUGUGUGUUUUACUUGGGAAGUAGAUUUCCUCAGCUGUAUAAAAAUUUCCAAAGAAAAUCAACAGAAGGCACCUCUUACCUGCUCUUUGCCUUGGCCAUGAUGGGAAACUGUACGUACGGACUGAGCCUUGUUUUAAAGAUGCCAGCUACCGAAUCCUUCCGGACCCUCUACUUUUUACACCAUCUUCCAUGGCUCCUUGGCAGCUUUGGAGUUUUGUUUCUAGACAUUUUUGUGACUCUGCAAUUCCUCCUGUAUCGUCAGCGCAAGGAAAGACAAUCCGGUUUAGUGGCGCUGGAAGUGGAACCGUUGCUGGUGAGCGAGGAGCCCGCCUAGUGCCAGCCUGGAUCUGGCUCCCGAUUUCAUUGGGUUUUGUCCUUGGAUGACUUUGACAAACAGUUAAGAUGGCAGUUGCUUAGGGACCAAAUUUAUUACUUAUUUUUUAUUAUUUAUUCUGCCAUUGAUUUGUCGUUACUUAUUUGCAAAUGACAUAAUAAAAUAUUUAAUAUUUACUGUGUUGUUUCAGGACAGGUACAAUAUUUUUCCUGAUUUUUUUUUUCCCAUUUUAGCUCUUUCUCCCCAAAGUGUGCUGUAGAAAUGUUUGCCAUAACGAUACAGUGCAUGUGAUGGGAUGACUCUUUAUUUUUAGAUGAACGCGUGCAUCUAGUUAACAGUGGAUGAGAUUUACCCCUGUGCACCCAACCUGGGGUUCCAGACUGCUCAGUCCAGUUGCACUGUAUGUAAGAUUUGGUCUUUUUUAUUCGUACUCAAUUUCAUAUGCAUCAGAAGAAAAAAAACCAGCCUAUAAUUAAGUAACUUCAGUGCAGAGGAUCCGUUAUUGAUGCAAAAUCUGAAUCCUGGUUUAAGUUGGUGGGAGCCUCAUUGCAGAGUGUCACUAUGCAUUUUAUUUUUAAGAGUUAAAGCAUUUAUACAUCAAUUCCUGUGUGUUCGAAGGAACAUAAUUAUUAUAUGUCAUCAUAUACCCCAUAUAAUGUUUUCCUACAACAUGCAUUUUCUUGGCAAGCUUCUGGUUUAGAUAAGUACCACAGGGGGAAAAAAAAUUAGAAGCUAAGGAGACUGAACCUUGCAAUUGCGGAUUUUUUGCAAUACUGUGUGGUGUUUGAAGAAAGCUUUAAUAAAGUUAUCUCAAAGAAUAAA